AUGUUCGUUCACGUGCUGUUCUUUAGCGGCGUGGUUGCAAGUUGUGCAUCGUCAGCAAUAUCCUCCCAGACGGUGGUGCGACAUGAUGUGCCUCAGGCGUAUAGUACUGUUUCCAUGUACCGCGGAUCUAGAGCUAAUUACGCUACUCCACAGGAAACUGUUUACCCUAAAUAUGAGUAUACGUACUCCGUAGCUGAUGACCAUACUGGUGACAAUAAACAACAACGAGAAUAUCGUAACGGUGAUGUCGUGAAGGGCUCCUACUCAUUCCAUGAAGCCGACGGCUCCAUCAGGACCGUGGAGUACACCGCUGACGACCACAACGGCUUCAACGCGGUCGUGCACAACAGUGCUCCCACCGCCGUCCCCGUUGUCUACAAGCAAGCGGCUGCUCCCGUCUACAAGCACGCCGCUCCCGUGCACCCUUACAAAACAAAACGUGUAUGA